AUGUCUUUCUCUACCAGCCUGAAAGAUCCUUCUCUCUUUGUCGAGAAGUCAUAUAUUGAUGGACAAUGGGUUGCUUCAAAGUCCGGCAAGACUUUCAAUGUCUACAACCCGGCGACCGACGCCCUGAUCGGAACAUGCCCUGAAUCCAACACAGAAGAUAUUAACGCAGCUAUCCAAGCCGCUGCUAAGGCUUUCCCCACAUGGCGCGCUCAGUCCGGUCGCCAGCGCGGUCGCAUUCUGCGUCGACUCUUUGAGCUUAUUGGUGAGAACAAGGAGGAUAUCGGCAAGGUUAUCACAGCUGAGAACGGCAAGACCAAGGGUGAUGCCGAGGGCGAGGCUCUCUUUUCUGCUGGUUUCUUCGAAUGGUUCUCCGAGGAAGCUCCUCGCAUCUACGGUGAUGUCAUUCCUCACAGCAAUCCUUCUUGUCGUAUCCACGUUACCAAGGAGCCCGUUGGUGUGUGUGGUCUGAUCACUCCCUGGAACUUCCCCUUAGCUAUGGGUGCCCGCAAGGUCGCCGCUGCCCUGGCUGCUGGAUGUACCGUCGUCAUGAAGUCUGACGGCCUCACCCCCUUCGCAUCAAACCUCCUAGCUGCCCUUGCCGAGCGCGCUGGCGUGCCCAAGGGUGUUUUCAAUGUCAUCACAGCUCUCGAGAACACACCAUCUCUCGGUCUGACUCUCUGCGAGUCCAACGCUGUCAAGAAGAUUUCAUUCACCGGUUCCACUCGUGUCGGUAAGAUCUUGAUGCUGCAGUCUAGCAACACCCUUAAGAAGCUCAGCCUGGAGCUGGGCGGUAAUGCUCCUUUCAUCGUCUUCAACGACGCCGAUCUCGAGACUGCCGUUACUGCUGCCGUCAUCGCCAAGUUCAAGGUGACCGGUCAGACCUGCGUGUGCGCCAACCGCUUCUACGUCCAGGAAGGCAUCUAUGAUAAGUUCUGCCAGCGCUUCGUUGAAGAGGUGAAGAAGAGCCAGGUCGGAAAUGGCCAAAAUGCUGCCAGCACACAUGGCCCUCUUACCAACGGUGUCGAGAAGACCCAGGAACACAUCCAGGACGCUAUCAGCAAGAACGGCAAGGUCUUGCUUGGCGGUAACGCAUUGCCAUCUGUUGGCAAGAACUUCCACGAACUUACGAUUCUGGGCGAUGUUACGGACUCUAUGAAGGUGGCUAGCGAGGAGACCUUCGGUCCGGUUGCAGCUAUCUCCAAGUUCGGCACAGAGAACGAAGUUGUUGCUCGCGCAAACAACUGCGAGGUUGGACUCGCUUCCUACCUUAUGACUAGCGAUCUUGGUACCGCUCACCGUGUGGGUGAGCAAUUGGAGUUCGGUAUGGUCGCUAUCAACACUGGUGUUAUUUCCGACUUCGCUGCUCCAUUCGGUGGUGUCAAGCACUCUGGCAUGGGCCGCGAGGGCAGUAAGUACGGCAUUGAAGACUAUGUCAACGUCAAGAUGACCAUUACUGGUGGCAUCAAUACUAUCUACGCCAACCUGUAA